AUGGCUGGUGACAAGAGCGAACACUUAACAGACCAACAGGCGGCUCCAUUGCCCAUUCCUGGUAUGUCGGAAUCAACUGUUGCUCCAGCAGACCUUGAGAUUGAUGCAGAGUCCCACCCACAUCAGAAUCUACAGCCGCGGAGUGACAUACGGAAGCACAGUAUAGAGACGGCCCCUAGUUUCAGCGAGCCCCUGCUGAACGCCUCAGCCAAUGAGGGCAAUAGCCAGCCGAAGACCGCAGUGGGUACAAGCUCUAUGGCUGUGUCUAUCAUCAACUGCAUCAAGAAUAUCAUUGGUGCCGGUAUCCUAUCACUCCCUCGAAGUUUCGUCCUGUCGGGUGAUGUUCUGGGCACCGCAUUGAUCCUGAUAUUUGCUCUGUGGAAUGCUGGAAGUUUUGCCUUGAUCGGGUUCAUGAACCAGCGGACGGGUACGAAUGAUUUCAAGAGCUUAUGGAAUGCCGGCUUCGGUCGGCACACGGCUUGGGUCGUCGACCUCUUUAUGUUCCUCUACACGGCAUCCUCAUGUUUGGGCUUCAACAUUGUCAUUGACGACUUCCUCGUAAGCUUCUUCCAAGGAAUAGGUCUCCCUGGUUGGAUCUGUAACCGAUGGGCCGCAGCUACGAUAUCCCUCCUUGGUCUCAUGCCUCUAGCCUAUAAAAAAUCGUUAGACUCACUGCGAUAUGUAUCGUUUUUCGGCAUCGCGGCUUCGUUCUACUGUGUGAUCUACGUCCUAGUCAACGCCAUUCUAUUCGCUACGGGAGACGUCGUUGACAACAGUGUAGAUAAUACCGUGCAUGCUCCAGUUACUCUCUUCGGAGCAGUACAGGCUAUGAGUAUGUUCGCUCCUGCUUAUGUCUGUCAUUACAACGCCCCACGCUUCAAUAAGGAGUUGAAGCAUACCACACCAGGGAGAUUCUCUGGGGUAUCGUACUUUAGUUUCAUCUUCUCGGGCAUUGUAUAUGCUGCGUUUGCCCUAGCUGGUCAUUAUAGGUUUGGUGACGGAGUGAACGGUGAUGUCCUCACCAACUACCAAGGUCGUUACGCUGAUAUAUGGUGCUUGCUUAUGUGGCUGGCCAUGGCUCUAUGUCUCAUUUUUGGAUACCCGCUCACUUACAUUUCUUCUAACGAGUCGUUAGAGCGUCUAGGCGUCUCCUGUCCUCCAUGGCUGUACAUCAUCAUUAUGACUCUUGGCGGUGUCCUCAUAAAAGAUCUAUCAGUCUUCCGUUCUUACCAAGGAGCCAUUCUGGGCAUCUCAGUUGGGUUGACUUUGCCGGGCCUCAUGUAUAUCGGUCUGGUCUGGAAGCGUGUCGAAUGGGCCAGCAAGAGAAGGACGUUGACAUGCUUCAGCUGGGCUAGUAUUGCUAUGGGUCUCUUCUGUAUGGUAGUCGGCUGUGUUGCCACAGCGCUCCAGCAAAGAGGAGGUCACUAG